AUCGUUCUCAUUCGAUUCAGGAUGGCGCCACCCUACACAGGCGCCCCCUUCUUCGAACCUGAAGCCCCAGCGGCGACGACAGCCUUGAACGCCAUGAACGACGCCAAGCACGACGAGCCCAAGACUCUCGCAGGCAAAACCCCGGAAGAGCCGAGUUCAAAACCAACAAGUUGGAAAGCUCCGAGUUCAACACGGAUGCCAGCGAGAGCUACGACUAUGCCUAGUGCAGACUCGUCCACAAACGCAAUGGCGCCCCUUGACCCAGUUAAGCGCUCGAAUACUCUGGCGGGAACAGAGUCUAUCUCGACGGGCAGCGGCGAGUUCUGGGAAGCAGACGAAGACCUCACACGCAUAAUUGCAGGCCAGCUCAACGAGGAAAAGACCGGUUCUCCACCUCCCAUGCCUGAGCCCAUGGCCUACCCUCGGGAUCCGCCUCUGAAUCUCGAGUUUCCGCGACCAGAAGAGGUCCAGAGACCUUGGGAAGCGUGGCAGACGACCGAAGACAUUGGCGACAACGAUAUUUCCAGCGGCGAGGUCAGGCCGUUCCAACCAAUUGGGGCUCCCAUCUCAGGUGCUUUGUUCCCUCAGCCUCAACUGGCAACGGCAGACAGUCACGGAUCCACGCUCGAUAUGCCGGACGCUCCUCCAACCUUCCCUCAACCCGCCGCUUCAUCCCAGGACGAUCCCAGUCCGGCUUUUCCUCAAUACCCAAGAAUUCCCGUUCUCGACGAUUCGGAACCACAGGUUCUGGAUAUCAGAAACACCAGCGUGGAUGAUACCCAAUACUCAAGGAUACCAAUCAACGACGAUUCAGAGCCUGCCUUGAUUCCACCGCCUCCGACGACACCCCCGCCUUUUCCUUCCGGAUUCUCGUCGCAACAAUCCCAAGGUUCGGCGCAUGGCAGGCCUCCGAUAUCAACGUCUUCGAGCCAGGCUUCGACCCAAGCAGGUUCUUACAAGCCGCCUCACUCGCCUAGCAAGCCGCCGCCUCAACCUCAUUCUGACCACCUCAAACCGUCAAAUCAACCGGUUCGUCCGCAGAAUAGCGCGUCGCACCAAUUCCAGGGCCUUCAGUCUUCGAGCAGUACUUCCCUACCUCCCAAGAAGCCUGCGCAGAGUAGCGAUGGCGGUGCGAGCAACUUCUCUACAGUCCCUCCGAGGCCAACGCCUUCUCUCGCGCCGAGCAAACCAGCAGUAUCCAAUACCCCGGCACCAGCACCGAGCAAACCCUCACCACCCAAGCCUUCUCCUCCCAAACCAACCCCUUCCCGCCCAGAGCCCGCCCAACAGCCCAGCCAAAUCAGCAAUAGCAACAGCAACACCAGCAGCAACAACCACCACACCCGCUACGUAAACAUGCUGCUCGCACUGGACGACAUCCCGCACUGGUACAACCUCCUUGCCUCGUUCUUCACAUGGGUCCUGCUGGCCGGCUUCCUCCUCUUCCCGGGGACGUUCACCAGUUUGCAGCAGAUUGCUGAAGAGACGGAUGAUGAGCUGCGGAGAAGGAUUUUGACUGCUGUGACGCAUGUGCCUUUGUACAUUAUCGCCUGGUUGUGUUGUGGUGUCGGAGCAGUCGGUAUGAUCUGGCUCUGGUGGAGAUGGAUGAGGAAUUACAUCUGGCUUCUCAGCAAAAUCUUCGUCCCCGGCUUCCUCAACGGACUAGCCGGCGUCAUCACCACCCUCGUCAACGUCUACGGCGUACAAGACGGGCAGUUCUCCACGACAGCCAAAGUCACCAUCAUCGUCGUCUCGUGCACCGCCGGCGCCUGCGGUUUGCUUGUCCUCAUCUACCAGUUCUGGCUCUUGAGGAGGGUCAAGGCGGAGCACGAUAGGCAGAUGGGCAAACAGGCUGCCGGGAAGCAUGGUGAGGGUAUUUUGAAGAGUUUGGUUAAGACUAAGAAUAGCGAGAAGAAACGGAGGCGUUGA